CAUCCUGUGUUUCCCCUACAGGGUGGAGCAGAUGUGCAUUCAGAUUAAAGAAGUUGGAGAUCGCGUCAACUAUAUAAAAAGAUCAUUACAGUCAUUAGAUUCUCAAAUUGGCCAUUUGCAAGAUCUUUCAGCCCUGACUGUAGAUACAUUAAAAACACUCACUGCUCAGAAAGCUUCGGAAGCUAGCAAAGUUCACAAUGAAAUCACACGAGAGUUGAGCAUUUCCAAACAUUUGGCUCAAAACCUUAUUGACGACGGUCCCGUAAGACCUUCUGUAUGGAAAAAGCACAGUGUUGUAAAUACACUUAGUUCCUCUCUUCCUCAAGGUGGUCUUGAAAGUACUAAUCCUUUUCUUUGUAAUAUUUUUAUGAAAGAUGAAAAAGAUCCCCCGUGUAACAUAUUUAGUCAGGAUUUACCUGUAAUACCCCAGAGAAAAGAAUUCAGUUUCCCAGAGGCUGGUUCCUCUUGUGGUGCCUUAUUCCCAAGUGCUGUUUCUCCUCCAGAACUGCGACAAAGAAUACAUGGGGUAGAAAUGUUAAAAAUCUUCAGUAAAAAUCAAAAAUUAGGCAGUUCUUCUAAUAGCAUACCACACCUGUCAUCCCCACCAACCAAAUUUUUUGUUAGUACACCUUCCCAGCCAAGUUGUAAAAGCCACUUAGAAACUGUAACCAAAGAUCAAGAAAUUGUUUGCUCUAAAGCUGCAGAAGGAGAUAAUGUAGAAUUCGGAGCAUUUGUAGGACACAGAGAUAGCAUAGAUUAUUUGCAGAAGUUUAAAGAAACAUCAAACAAGAUAAAAGAAAUAUUAUCCGUAAGUAAAUCCUUAAAACAGCACAAUUCAAUCUCACUUUGCUCUUUGGGGGUUUAGUUCAAAAUAGAAUUA